AAGAAAACUAAACAAAUAGCUCAACAAUAAAUAUGUACAUACUCCCUCUGGAUUUAAAUAUAAGAUGUUUAAAGUUUUACACACAUAUUAAGAAACAAUAGAUACACUAUUUUAAUUGUUAUUUUUUUAUUAUAUCAAGAAAAUUUCACUACUCAUAAUUUUACUUUUCAAUUUAUGUUUAAAUUUUAAAAAUAAAUACAUUAAUUAUAUUUCAAAACAUCAUACAUUUGUAUACAAAAUAAAAAUAUAGAACAAUCUUACAUUCAUAGCCGGAGGGAGUAUUAAGUUACUAACUAUCAUUGGUAGCUUUCACCAAUGGAAACCGUCUCGAAGUUCAGGAAAAACUCUGACACAAAAAUUCAUUAAAAGCUCUCUGAUCUUAGUGAAAUGUUGCGUUUAUUACACUCUUUCCACUAUGAAGUUGCAGUGUAGAUGGUAAGAGGUAAAGGAACUUUGAGAAUAUGGCGAAUCAACAUUUCUUCAAGCCUCUUCUUCCCGGCUUCCACAGCCACUUGAAAAUUCCUGUAGCCUUCUUCUCCAAGCAUAUAGAAGGAAGAAAUGAGCAUAAAAACACGGCGAAGCUGAGAUCAGACACGUCGGAGAUAACCUGGAAAGUGAAGAUAGAAGACGGCCUGAGACUCACUGAAGGUUGGAAAGAGUUCGCUCUUGCACAUGAUCUACGAGUUGGUGACAUUGUCGUUUUCAGACAAGAGAACGACAUGGCUUUCCACGUGACACUGUUCGGACCCAGUUGCUGUGAGAUACAAUAUGGAUCGUGUUUGGACGACAAGAACAAGCUUGUGACGAUUCAAAGCAGCAAGAAGAAAAUGAAGAAUACAAAAAGAGAAGCAGAGUCUAGUACACUAGAGCCAUCUUGUUAUGUGGCUAACGUCACGCCUUCAAGCCUGCGAUAUGACAUGCUGAAUAUUCCAAAGAGUUUUGCAAGGGCUAAUGGUAUAGAGUCAAGAAGUGGAGAGAUCAUUGUUCUGAUGAAUGAAAAGGGUACUUCGUGGACUUUAAUUUUGAAACGAAAGAAUUCAUGUGGAACUAUGUAUAUCACACGAGGAUGGAGACGCUUCUGUAGAGCCAAUGGACUUAAAGCUGGAUGUUUCUUCACUUUCAAACUGAUACAAAGAGGAGGAACUCUUUUUCUACAUAAGUCUCCCUCCUCCACAGAGUCUGAAGAUAGCUCAGAAGGUGAUGAAAUAGAGCCUCUUUCCACAGAAUCUAAAAGCUUCAAGAAGACUAGUUCAAUAUGGAAAGCAUCAUCUUCAUCAUUCCAAAACCUGUUUGUGACCUUAACUCUCAAACCUUACGAAGUUGAAAAAUCUACACUGUAUCUUCCUGUACAAUUUACCAGGAGGCAUAGCAUCAAUGAGGAAACUAAAAUGACACUGUUGGACAAAUACGGUGUCAAGUGGUCUACGGAUCUGAGGUCUGAGAAGAGAAGUGACAAAAUAAGACUGGUAGGGGGUUGGAAAGAGUUCUUCAAAGCUAAUUGUGUGGAGAUGGGCGAAUCGAUCAUUGUGAAGCUGAUUUGGGAUGGAGACACAAGUUGUGUCCUUAAGUUCUGCUCUAAGGUGAAGCAAGAGACUAGAUGAAACUGUUUCUGAUUUCUGAGUGUGAUGUUUAAGCUUUUUGUAAGUUCCCUAGAGGACCUGAAAUGAAUUUAAGUCAUGCCAGCUUGGUUACACCAUAUGAACCAAUCAUUCCAAAAACUUCUAUCCACUCUUCUUUUCUCUUUUUUUUUGUAUGAAUGUUAAAUUAUUCAAACAAACAAAAAAACGUUGUUACAUCCGAGUCAUGCGAUCAAGAAUUGAAAUUUAACUUUUUACAGACUAUGAAACCAUAAUAUCGUCAACUGUUUGGUCUUGAGGCUAGCCAGUUGUGUAGCCCUUCCUCAAACCGAGUGUCUCACAGCUUCCUCAGCGAGCUAAAUCUGUUCUUCAUGGCCUUGUCAAUCUCCUUGAUCAGUUUCUGCUGUGUAGAAGGAGAACCUUCUUGUUUUCUCCAUUGCAUAAGAUCUCUUAAAAUCCCCCUACCACAAACCAAAGAGCACCUCUCUUGUAACUAGAGCUGGGGUUGCAUGUCAAUGGGUCGAGUCAUUUUUUCUGCUGUGUUGAAGAAGAAAAAUUUAUGUACCCGCACUUGCUCCGUUCAAAUUUGCGGGUAAGCACGGAACCCGCAGAUAAUAAUUUUUUUAAUAAAAUAAUUAUUUUUCUAAAAAAUAAUAAAAAUAAUAUAUUUAUAAUGAAAAUCAUAUAAUUUUUAAUAUUUUAUAUAUUUUAAGAAAUAUCUCUUUUUAUAAUUUUGUUUACAGAUACCGUGAUUCUGACUCGUCUGUUCACUCAACCAGCAUCCGUAUAUUAAAUCUUUUGAAUAUGUGAACAUGCAUCCGUUCCGCAGCGGAUCAAACGAGACAAAACCCGCGGAUAAACAUUUAAAUCCCCGGCUCUACUUAUAAAACACCGAUUAGAGCAUCCUCAUACUAAAUUAUCAACAAAACAUUAAACAAGAAAUAUAAUAUUUUGGAGUUUCUCAAACUUUUGAGCCAAACAUCUCCAAAAAUGCUUUGAGUCACAUUAUCAAUGAGAAUUUCAAAAAGAGUUUCUUAAACAAAAAUAUAUUAUCAUUUUAUAAAAUUAUAAUUAAAUAAUUAAAAAUUAAUUGUAAAAUAUAAAUUGAGUUAAUCUAUAGUUUCUAAGUGUCAUAUGGGUUCUAAUAGGUUUCUAAAAAGUUAUCAUAUGAAAACUUUAUUCUAUUUUCUCUCUUCACUUUUAAUUAUUAUUGUAUUUUUUUUAUUCUAAAAAACCCUACAUUUUUUACAUAAGAACUCGUUGAUUUGCUCUUAUUUGAUUACAAGAUAAGAAGUUUCAUAAACCCCAAAAGGAAGAAAAAAAAUCAACAAUUGGAAUAAAAUAUGUUUACAAAUUACAAAGAUAAAAAUCUUAAAUUUCAUAAGCCCAAAAGCCCAUUAGAAAAAUGAAUUAAGCUUUCCCCAGGCACUUGACUUGAGGAGGAGCUAGAAGACGGAUCAUCUCUGUGAUUUGAAGUUUCAAAGCUUCUAUCUAGUCAAGGGUUUGGCUAAGGACUGUUCAUAUUUCCUUUCUAGUCUUACUGAAGCUUCGGAGAAUGGCAAAUAAACAUUUCUUUCAGCCUCUUCUUCCUGGCUUCCACACCCACUUGAAAAUUCCUGUAGCUUUCUUCUCCAAGCAUAUGGAAGGAAGAAACGAGCAUAAAAAUAUGGCGAAGCUGAGAUCAGAGGCGUCGGAGAUGACCUGGAAAGUGAAGAUAGAAGAUGGCCGGAGACUCACUGAAGGUUGGAAAGAGUUUGCUCUUGCACAUGAUCUACGAGUUGGUGACAUUGUCGUUUUCAGACAAGAGAAAGACAUGUCUUUCCACGUGACACUGUUCGGACCCAGUUGUUGUGAGAUUCAAUAUGGAUCGGGUAUAGACCAAGACAACAACCUCGAGAAGAUUCAAGAGAAGAAGAACCCAAAAAGAGAAGAAGCAGAGUCCUCUUGUUUUGUGGCUAAUGUCAGACUGGAAAGCGAUGAAGAGAGCAACCACAUAAGCUCACAGGAACGUAUAGAUAGAGAAGAUAAAAAGGGUUUAACAUCCCAAAGCAGAUUUGUGACUUUGACUAUCAGAUAUUGGGACGUCAAAAACUCUAGACUGUAUCUUCCCAUGGCUUUCACGAAGGACAGUGGUAUCAAUGUGAAAACAAAAUUGGCUCUGCUGGAUAAAAACGAUGUGAAGUGGCCUACAGAUCUGAGGUCUGAGUACAAUGGUAAAAGAUUAAGAAUGAUAGGAGGCUGGAAAAAGUUCUUCAAAGCUAACUUUUUGAAGAUAGGUGAAUCGAUCAAGUUCAAGCUGAUUUGGGAUGGAAACACAAGUUGUGUCCUUAAGUUAUGCUCCUAGGUGAAAAAGUUAGCAACUAAAUGAAAUUGUAUAUGAGUUUAAUGUUUUGUCUUUUGUUUAAGUGCCAAAGACGUGAAUCAA